AGAAAACCAGAAAACAGAAAUCAAGAGCCAAGAAUGGGACUCUUCACCUACACCAUAACCGGUGGCGGUUUCAUGUUGAUCGGUGCCUGGGAAUUGUUCGUAUCUUCCUCUGAGUGUAUCCAAAAUACGCCACUAUCUCCGCCCCUUACCAGCCAUCGCGCCAUUUCGGCUAUUAACAACAGCAGCACUCAAACGAAAAAGGCCCCUCUUUCUUCAUCAUCGAUUUCGUUUCAAUUUCCUUCGGCGAUCCUCAAUAUGCUGCUUCUUUUCGCUUUCGGAGAAGAAAUUUUGUUCUUUUACGUUAGAAGAAAGGACCCCAGGGGGGUAGAAAACCGAUACUACGACCUCUUCCUCGUGCCAAUAGGCAUUUGUCUGUUUUGUACUAUUCUAGAACUGAAAAGUCCGAAAUCGAAUAAUGCAAGAUUGGGACGCGGGGUUGGACUGGUUUUACAGGGUAUGUGGAUAGGUAAGAUGGGAUUCAGUUUCUUGAUCAACCCAAAAAAAAAAGAAAAAAAAAACCCAAUACUGAUGUCUAUAUAUGCACAUCGUGAAUCCGUAUAA